UAUUUUUUGACCACAGCCAAAUGCCCUGACCGCCAUGGGCAACCGCGCGUGUUGCGCCUGUGGUGACGAAGCCACCGUGGAGGAUGGUGCUGGGGAGCCCACUCUGAAGUGCGUGGCGGCGGUGCCGCGCAGCGCUUUGGCGGCGGACUCGUUGCAUGAGGACGCCAAGUUGGUGAUCCUUGAGGAUGGAGCCAAAUUCACCGGCUGCUGGAGGGAUGGAAAGAAGCACGGCUUUGGCAUCAUGGAGAGACCAGACGGCAGCCGCUACGAGGGUCACUUCGAGGAGGACAAAGCAUCCGGCCUGGGGCGACUGGAGAACGGUGGCAACAUCUACGAGGGGCAGUGGGCAGAGAACCAAGCGUCUGGCUUCGGUCGCUUCACACAGAAGGAUGGCAGCUACUACGAAGGCCAGUGGCUGAAUGACCAGCAGCAGGGCUUCGGCAUUGAGACGUGGCCGGAUGGGUCUCGAUUCGAGGGGUCUUACGUCGCCAACAAGAAGGAGGGCAGAGGGACCUUCUCCUGGCCUGAUGGCGCCUGCUACACGGGCGAGUUUCUAAACAACUCGAUUCAUGGCGGCGGCGAUUACAGGUGGCCGGACGGGCGCCAGUAUAGCGGCCAGUGGAACCAGAAUAGCUUGAACGGCCUUGGCCACAUGACCUGGCCGGAUGGACGGUGCUACCGUGGCUUCUACGUGCGAGACAAGAAGCACGGGGAGGGCUGCUUCCGGUGGGCGGACGGGCGGCAGUAUAGCGGCCAGUGGGUCUUAGGCAGGCAGAGCGGCAUUGGCAGAUUCAAGUCGAGCGACGGAAAGGUGCGGCAAGGCAUGUGGAUGAAGGGCGUCCACAAGGCCUGGCUGGAGCAGGAAGCCCGUGAUGAAGAGCCGGCGGAUUGCUUCCUUCCACCCGAUGAGGUUCCUCCGGAAGAAGGCGAAGACAAGGUUCAAAGCUGAGACCUCUAUGCUUUUUCCCGAGCGGCAUGUUCCCGCUGUUCUCAGUAGAGACGCUUUGGAUUUUGGUGCUGGAGGAAGCCAAAGGGAACCCCACUUGUAGGGCCCCCCCCCAAC